AUGAAUCGAUUCCGGACAAAGAAGAAGGCCAAGGAGGCCCCGGAAGGCACGGUUAGACCAUCGAAUGAUUCCGAAGCUCCCUCGCUCGCAACCAUUAAGAAGACGAGGACAUUUGGACGAAAGAAGAUCCCCGACCCAGAGCCACAACUGCAAAUCGACCUGGUCAAUGCACUCCCGUCGUCAUCCGAUUUCCGAACCAGCUUGUUGAUGAAUGGGCUUUCUGCCAGAUUUUCGAUGCUGCGAGAGCAGGACGAUCCCAAGUCAAAAAUCGGGAAAGCAAGCGAUGAUAGCGUCCUGUUUCCUAAACGCCAAUCAAGGCUCAAUGAUUUUGGGUUUCAGUCUCAUGGAUUGUCAGAUAUUGCAGAAGUAUCGUCCAUCAACGGCUCGAUACGACCUCCUUUCCUGUCGGAUAGGAAAGGCUCAUACUCGACGGAAAGCACUGCGGGAGACGAUGACUCUAUGCACAGCGGUAGCAUAAUGAACCGUGCGAAGCCAGGAGAAGGUAAUAAUUUAUUUGGAGGUCGUCAGAAAAUCUAUAAGAUACCGGUCAGUGCAUCCGGAUCAACAAAAAACCUGGCCGAUGGUGGUAGCGGAAUGGGAGGCCGAGCUUUGUAUGAGAAUGAUGUUAGCCAGUCCGCAUUUCAGAAGCUCAGAGAGCGAGAACGGGAACAAGAGCGGCUGGCUCAAGAAGAAAAAGAAGAAAGGGAGGCACAAUCUUCUCGCCCGCCGUCGCCCCCUCUUGCUGGAUACAAUCGGAACCGGGAAACGUCGUCAACAACCUCUUCUGGCCCCUCGUUCAAUGCGCGGACCUCGACCGCCGCUACAUCUGUCACAUCUCAGAGAACUCCCUCCCUCAGCGGUUCACAUACACCAAUUACCCCGGCGGCUCCUGUCUCCAGUAAUAGUAGUCUGGAUCGGGCGACCACCAAGAGCCGCAGACUGUACGAGACCGGUUUGGACCAGCAUCUUCAUGAGCAGCAAUCCUUUGCAACGAACAGAAUGGAUAUUUUGACCAGACAGCGAGCACUUGGUGCCCGGAGCCCUCCUCUCAAUUCACCAACUGGCGCCUAUUCACCAAAUGAGAGGUGGGAUAGAAAUCCGCUGGCAGGCAAGGCUAGUAUGCCGAAUUUACGAUCUGCAAGCCCUGCGCCAAAUGCUGCAUUAAACGGCUUUGACUUUUCUAAUCAGACAAACGAUUAUCCGGAUUCGAAGGCAUAUGGAAUAUCCUCACCACCAUUAAGCCCACCUAUGACUGAUAGUGACGAUGCGGUUGCACUCUCAGUUCGACCUAACGACAAGGGAAAGGCCACAGCUCUUGGGGCAUUCAACAAACCCGCGCAAGCAUAUGAUGAGAACAAAUAUUCGCAACGUCAGAUUCAGAUGCAACAAGGACGAGAGACACCGCCGCCUAGGAAGCCCUCUCCAGCUCGUCCAUUUAUUCCUCGCCAGCAGCCUGUGGGACGGAUCCGAGCUGAUUCUAGUGCCACCUUCUCUUCAAACAGUACGGCUAGAUCGAGAUCCAAUUCAUCUGCUCAGCAGCACUUCCCACUUACUGACAGGCUUUCGGAGAGCGGGUCAAAGACCCCUCUUACCGUGCCCGAGGAUCGUGAAAUUCCGACUGGGACCUUCUUAAGCUCCCCUGAAGACAGCACCUUGUCAUCUCCCGUGGAACAGGCAGGCAAACUAGGACCUACUUCUAAUCCGCUCGAUCUCUCAAAGAUGCACUUCCAAGACCACAAUGUGAACCUACAACGACCGCCGCCCGAAGCGCAACACCCAGCAAAUAGGCUUCGGCCAAUGGGUGAAAAUAUACGAUCCGGAGUAAAUAGCGUAGAUUCUACGCCGCCUCCCAUUCCACGAUCAGUCCCUCAGGAUUCUGAGAAGCCUUUAUCUAAAACCCCGGCGGAUUCCCCGACGUUGGGUCCUACGGUGCCAAUGGCAGGACUGAGCGGUAUGGUUCGCCAGCACCUUCGGUCAGACAGCAACUCAUCAUCAAUAUAUGGUGGCCCCUCUGAACCCCUUACCUCCCGUUUCCCUCCUGAUCAUCUGGAUUCUGCGCCACAGGAAUAUUAUGAUAGCACAAGUAAUCCUUGGGAUAAUGACAACUGGGAUCGGGGUGAUUAUGCGAGUAGUCAGUUUACUUUCAACUCUGCGGAAGAAACCAAAGACCUCGAAGCUGUGCCGCCUCCCCUCUCAGUUCGGUCACCCAAUAUUGAUAUUGGGGAGGAAAGUCGCAAGGCGCCGUGGGAGAAAGGGCUAGAAGCUCACCACAGCCGAGAAGGAAGCACAGAGACCCAGAAAGAACGUCAGGAUUUCCAGAACGACCUUGCGGAAAGGCGGCGGCGCGUUCAAGAAAACUUGAAGAGUUUCGUGGAGACUGAAAGCAGAUCCGCCAGCAGAUCCGCAAGCCCUUCACAAGCAGAUCCCGCUCCUUCAAGGAGUAACCCCCUUGGGCUCCUGAAGUCCAAGUCCAGCCGGGGAUCUCUUGUCGUAAAAACAAGAGAACAGGGACCAUCGAAGGCGAUGAAAAUGUUGGGUAUUGGAAACAGUACCAUAAGCAGCUCACCAUCUCCCAACAGACAAGAUUUCAAUGAACAUUCUGGAGGGCGAGAACACGAGGAAGUAGACGCCUCACAAGGCGGGCCAGUUGGUGGUCCGGGACAAGGACCUCCUAUCAUACCCGCACAAAUGAAGGCUUUCCGGCAGGCACGUAGAGAGGCUCAGCGGGACCGAGAGCGACAAGUCGCCGGGAGACAUCAACCGAGAAUGGGACCAGGAGGUAACCGCCCUGAAUGGUCAAAUCCGACGGGCGAACAUCGUUCCCCUCAGCGUGAACGAAACGGGGAAAGAAUGCCACCAAAUAUCAGAACUCGCCAGCGCAGCCCUAGUCGAGAGAAAAGACCUCCACCAGUAGCGUACACCCACCGCAACGGAACUCAAGAAAGCCUAGGCAAUGGGGGUUCGAACCGAUCUGGAUCCUCUCCGCCGCGGCCAUCGCGAGACAGAUCGACCUCGGACGAUUCUGGACGGUCUAAAGUUGUUAAUGGGAGACCCCCAGAUGAUCGAGCACGAGGCAUGUCUGACGGCCCUCCCAGACCAGGCCAACCUUUGAACAUGGAGUUGGAAAUUCCUUCUGGGCACCUUGGAGCAAGAUCGCCCGGCACACCUGCAUUGCAAUUCCAGCCAUCUCCAAUCCCAUCCCCAAUGAUGCCCCCGGCAGGUAGAUCUCGGAGCAACAGCAAGGUCACUCCCAGCGGUUAUUUCGAGUCGCAAAAUCUACAACCAAUUCGCGUAGGUGACGUCGCACAGUCACCUCGACCGUCUCCUACAGCUCCAUUCUCGAUCAAUCCUACCCCGGCGCAACCUUCUCCUGCUGGGUCUGGCAGAAACACGCCAACUGCACAAGCUUUCCAAUCUCAACAACAACCCCGGGGACCCUCUGCCCGAAAGCGAUCGAUUAACAAGCAUGAAAUAUCUGAGCCCAAAUUUGUCUCAUCCACUUCGAGAAUCACCACGGUCGAACUCCCUCCCGAAGCAUCUCUUCAGAACGGCAUGGAUACAUCUGCCCCACCAAUUCCGCCUGUAAACCCUAUGCGCCGUCAAACUCGUGCUAUGUUUGGUGGUCUGCGCGGGAAGAAGGAUGAUCUUAGUGACAUUCAAAGCAUGCCGGCGGCUACCCAAUCCACCGAAGAGAUGAGCACAUUUUCUGCAGAUGAAGGUGAUCCUAAGCCCAAAACCCGGAUAAAGUUGAGAAAGAGCUCUAGCGAAGGUGGAAACCUGAACGCCAAAGCUCGACAGGCUAUCUUUGCGCAACCAAGCCCAGCAUUGCCCACAGGCGCUUUCCCAACAUCGCGAGGUGCCAGCCCUCCACGUCCUAUUGAGGGCGGCAUGUUUUAA